CAGCACCACCCCACCCCACUACCCCAUCAUUACAGUUGCCCACUCUCUCUCUCUCUCUCUGCCAUUCUCUCUCCUUCUAUCUCUCUCUCUGCCAUUCUUGGUUCCUUGCUUUCCAGACACCCCUCUCUCUUUCUCACUCUCCCUUUUGUAACUAAUCACACUAUUGCAGAAAAAACAAUCCUAUACAACAGUCAGUGGCCAGCCAUUACUCCUUCAACAAGUAAAGAAGCCAAAAGAACCAAAAAGAAAGAAACACACAGUACACACUCUCUUUCAACUCUCAAAAGCCAAAUUCGAUAUGAUGAUUUCAGUUGUUGAUUUGCUUGCACACUACAACUCUUGAGUUUUACAUCCUCCCCUUCCUCUCCCUAUUUAUGUACAUGUAAAUACUCUUCAGGAAAUAUAAUAAUAAAAACCGUAUCUUGAUUCAGAAUUCUUUCAAAUGUCCAGCAGCCCAUCUGCAGAAACCGCCGAGGCUAUGAAUUUUGUGGAUUUUUACAAGAAAGUGAAGCGUUUUAGGCUUUUUGAGCCCUCUGUGGGGAUUCUUGGACUGACAGUUUGUGUUAUUUUUUGCUUCUUUUUGUUGGAUUACACAAGUGCGAGAAAAGGGGUGAGGUUUCCAUCACAGAGUGAGAGGCUUCUCUGGUUGAAAAUUGAUGGUGAUGGUGAGGGUGGUAACCACAGCAGUAAAAAGAUUGAUUUUUUGAGUGAAAUUAAUGGUGGGUGUGAUGUGUUUGAUGGUGAUUGGGUGUGGGAUGAGAGUUAUCCUCUGUACCAAUCAAAGGAUUGCAGGUUCUUGGAUGAAGGAUUCAGGUGUUCAGAAAAUGGAAGGCCGGAUCUUUUCUACACCAAGUGGAGGUGGCAGCCCAGAGAGUGCAACUUGCCCAGAUUUGAUGCAAAGAUCAUGCUGGAGAAAUUGCGAAAUAAACGUGUUGUGUUUGCGGGGGACUCAAUCGGGAGAAACCAGUGGGAGUCUCUGCUCUGCAUGCUGUCUUCUGCUAUAGUGAACAAGGACUCAAUAUAUGAAGUAAAUGGCAACCCUAUCACAAAGCACAAAGGCUACUUGGUUUUCAAGUUUAUGGACUAUAAUUGCACAGUGGAGUACUACAGGGCUCCGUUUCUAGUACUGCAAAGCCGACCUCCGGCCCAAGUUCCACUUAAAAUUAAAACUACACUGAAACUAGAUCAAAUGGAUUGGACGUCGUCCAGAUGGAAAGAUGCAGAUAUACUCAUUUUCAACACGGGACAUUGGUGGAAUUAUGAGAAGACUGCAAGAGGAGGUUGUUACUUCCAAGAAGGUCCAAAUGUGAAGAUGGAUAUGAAAGUUGACAGUGCAUACCAGAAAGCCUUGGAAACAGUCGUCGAAUGGAUUCAUCGUGAAGUAAAUACUACCAAGACACAAGUCUUCUUUCGGACAUAUGCUCCUGUACACUUCAGGGGCGGCGAUUGGAGAUCAGGUGGAACGUGCCACUUGGAAACCCUUCCGGAGCUCAGUUCUUCAUUGGUGCCGUCUCACACAUGGACUAAAUACAGCAUUUUCAGCCAAGUCAUCACUGCUCACUCAAACGUAUCCAAUUCAAGAACGUUUGACGUGCUAAACGUAACUCACAUGACAUCAAGAAGAAAAGACGGGCACUCGUCUUUGUAUUACUUGGGUCCAAAAGUCGGCCCUGCGCCUCUUCGUCGGCAGGACUGCAGCCAUUGGUGUCUACCGGGCGUCCCUGACGCAUGGAAUGAGUUGCUCUAUGCCCUUGUUUUAAAGCGCGAAGCUAAUAAAACCUCAAAUUCGUCGAGGUACUAUGCACAAGUAUGAUAGGUUGUGGAAAAUGUAUAUAAGUUAUAUGGUGCAAGAAGACAUCAGCUUUGAUCAGAAGAUGGAAGUGAGCAAAGGCAAGAUCAGCUGGUGCAGAGUUCUGACUUAGGAAUAGCAGAAGUUUAGGUACAUUUUUGUUUAA